CUUUUCGAGACAGAGAGAGUAUUUAAACAAAAUUUCUAUAUAACUGUCUAGGGCCUCAUAAUUACUCUAGCCGGUACUGUGCACAUGAAGACCUCCGGGGUACGUACGGCCUUCGAUCGGCACUACCCUGACAAGAUCUUCUCCCUGCACGCUCCAGAUCGCCGCAUUAAAUGCGGUGUCACGUACAAGUAUCGCAUUAAAUAUGGUGUCACAUGCUAUGCCGACGACCCGAAAGAUGAAACGUAUCGCUAUAGAAUCCGAAUAAUGGAAAACUAUCAAUUUAGGAACAUGCUCUGCAGCAGUCCAAUUGAGAUCUUUGGUGCCGUUUUCUAACAAGAAAUGGUAUUGAGCAACUUAACCUCUGUCUUGAUGCUUACAACGGCGAUGGAGAUAAGUACACACUACCUGUUUGUAUAAUUUCCUGCCCGACAAUCAAACAACUGCAACUAUUGAUAUUUGUUUGCCGGUCAAUCCUCGACCGGGUAGUAUGUUUUAUGGGGUUUCAAUUCCUCUUUAGAGUUCAAUUGCGUUGAGUUUCACCGUGAUGAUAGCCUCACAGUUAUCCCUCGUAUUCCUUAUCUUUAGGUGCUAGCGUUCUGGGAUUGUGAUGGGAUAGAUAAUUUCGUGAUCAAUGCUCCAAGACUUGAAUACCUCGACUUCAUCACUACUGAGUACGUGGCUGAAUGGAAAUGAUUUGAAAUUCAUUUUCAUGUCAUUGAAACUCUUUGCUUUUCCGCAAAGACGUUUUUGGUGGGAAUCACACCUUUCGCAAAAUGUUGAAUCAUUCAUAAAAAAUAGCCACAAUAUAUCUGAUUUUUCUCUAGUUUUUGUGUCAUUCAAGGUUAACUACUUUUCUUUGUUUUUUGUCUUUGACUUUAUAAAGUAUAACACUGCUGCUAAAGUCAAUGUGCAAGAUAGGCUUCCAAUUGCUAAAAAUCUGCAAGUGAUCAAGCUGCAUGAUUUUAGUUUUGCUCACACAAGUUGCUUCACUCUUGUUAUUGAAUUGCUUCGGAAAUGCCCAAAGCUACGUGAACUCGAGAUAAGUAUGAUAAAGCCUCAGGUUGUAAUAUCCAACAAUUACCCUACGUUCUUGGUGAUUCAAAUUUAGAUAUUAAUCUGGAUCUCAGCGAGCUUAGAACAGUGAAGAUGGAAUCAUUUUUAGGAUCAAGAGAGGAUAUGCUCUUUAUCAAAUUAAUCCUAUCAAAGUCACCCUUCCUUGAAGAAGUUUUAAUUAGGGAAUCAGGCCACAUCGAUACCUCUGUGGCUUUAAAAGUACCAAGGGAGAUGAACUUCUUCCCUCGGGCGUCUCCAAAAGCAAACAUUGUUUUCUAGGGCCGCCAGGGGCGGCUCUAUUACCUGAAUACUCCCUCCGGUUCUCAAACAACUUUCCACUUUCCUAUUUGGGAAGUCACGAAAUUAACUUCACACUUCUUCUUAUUUCCUUAUUUGGCAAAUUAUCUACACCAAAACAGUGCAAAACAUUGUCAAGCAGUGCCAACCAGUGUCCAAACAGUGCACUCCACAGUAAAGUCAAAUUUAUUUUCUUAAUCUAUGUGAAGUUAAACUGUGAACCUCUUUGAGAACCGGAGGGAGUAUUAGGCAUUUGUAAUCCUUUAUAAAGGUUAUCUGCAUUGAUUCUACUUGCACAUGUUCUGCACAAAAUUCUAAGCACUUAUGGUGUAAUGUAUUUGGUGGCAUCUAAUUUUCUUGUCUGCGUAGUACUCCAUAUUAUUUUGUUACUUUUGGGCAU